AUGGCAGUAUCUUGCUACUGUAAGAAAAGUUAUGUACGUGUUUGUUUAACAUUAACGCUCUUGCUUCUUGUAACACCUCAUGCAGCUUCAUUGGAAUUCAACUAUCAGAAAUUUGGUGACACCAGAAACGUCUUCAAUACUUCGGGAGAUGUUAAACCUCGACAAGGAGUGCUAAAACUCACCAAAAAUGAAACAUCCAGUUAUGGUAGAGUCAUAUUUCCCAAACUAUUGCAUCUUUGGGACAUAAACUCAGGGAAAGUCACGGAUUUCACUACCCAUUUCUCCUUUAGCAUCAGCGCCUUAAAUAAAACACAUGCAGACGGCAUCGCCUUCUUUCUGGCACAUCCAGGCUUUCCAUCGGUUUCCCCAAGAGAUGGAGCUGGUAUUGGUCUUGCCAGCCGUGAUCAACUCAGAAAUCAAAGCUACAAAUUGGAUCAUCCAUUUGUGGCAGUGGAAUUUGAUACCUACGCUAAUCCAUGGGAGCUUCAGUCGUAUCCCCAUGUGGGUAUCGAUAUCAAUUCAAUCGUAUCUUCUGCGACUGCAGAAUGGUUCACCAGCGCGUCUGAGAGUGGAUACGAGGCUGAUAUUAGUUUCGAUUCCAGUUCAAACAAAUUAAGUGUCACCUUUACUGGGUAUAAGGCGGACGUCGUAGUUCAAGGGAACUUAUCCUAUGUUGUCAAUCUGAAAGAUGUCUUACCUGAUUGGGUUGAAUUUGGCUUUUCUGCAGCAACAGGAGAUUAUUACGACGUAUAUGCUCUUAGCUCAUGGUCCUUCAGCUCUAGUUUUCACAUGGAAGCAAAUAAGGGUGGAACAAAAAGAGGGCUGGUGAUAAGGCUGAGCCUUGGAAUUGGUGCAGGUAUUUUAAUUGUUAUUUUGGUGGUAACUUUUCUUGUGAGAUGGAUGCUGAGGACAACGGGCAUGGAAGAUGCCUCACUUUUUGACCAUGCCAUGGACAAUGAUUUCGAAAAAGUCUCUCUACCCAAGAAGUUUUCCUUUGAAGAACUGGCCAGAGCAACUAAUAACUUCGCUAGAGAAAACAAAAUAGGACAGGGAGGUUUUGGGGCCGUCUACAGGGGAUUUAUUAAAGAGUUGAACAACGAUGUUGCCAUCAAGAAGGUAUCUCGUGAAUCUACACAAGGGAUGAAAGAGUACAUAUCUGAAGUAAAGAUCUUUGGUCAACUGAGGCAUAAGAAUUUGGUUCAACUCUUUGGGUGGUGCCAUGAGCAUGAGGACCUGCUGCUGAUUUAUGAGUUCAUGGAAAAUGGAAGCUUGGAUUCUUAUCUGUUCAAGGGAAAAGGCCUGCUGACAUGGAAGGUGAGAUACAAUAUUGCGAGAGGGUUGGCAUCAGCAUUGUUAUACCUGCAUGAAGAGUGGGAAGAAUGUGUGCUUCAUAGAGACAUAAAAUCCAGCAAUGUUAUGUUGGAUUCCAAUUAUAAUGCAAAGCUUGGAGAUUUUGGGUUAGCCAGACUAAUGGAUCAUGAGAUAGGAUCAAAAACAACUGUUUUAGCAGGAACAAUUGGGUAUUUGCCUCCUGAAGCUAUCACAAGAGGCAAGGCUAGUAGGGAGUCCGAUGUGUUCAGCUUUGGAGUUGUUGCUUUGGAGAUAGCCUGUGGUAGAAAGACUGUUGAAGGUAAUAGGGUAGAAGAUAAUAUUUAUUUGGUAGAUUGGGUUUGGAAACUCUAUGGCAUGGGUGAACUCCUCAAAGCCUCUGAUCCAAGCUUAUAUAGACAUUAUGAUGAGAAGGAAAUGGAGACUUUACUGAUAGUUGGCCUUUGGUGCACUCACACAGAUUACCUUCAGAGGCCUACUAUGAGGCAAGCAGUUCAAGUGCUUAGUUUUGAAGUGCCAAUGCCCACACUCACACAACGGGUGCCCAUUCUCUGA